AUGCAAUUGUCCACCAUCGUCAAGGCCUUCGUCCUUAUAAUUUAUGGCGUUGCCACGACGGUCGCCUGCCUCGACCCCCCGACUACCGACGGUGAACCCGCCUACGACUGCAAGCACAACGACAAUUUCGACUCCAAAUUCGCCAACAAAGCCAAGGUCAGCGGUUCAAGCCACAUGCAUACGUAUGGCAACCCAAGCGGUGACCUUUACAUCGCGCCGUCAAAGCCACAGCUUGAACAACCCCCGUGCUUCAGAGCAUGCCCCACGCCUGGCCGCUGUCAAGGGUGCAGGGCAUACGACGCUCAAGUCAUGGCCGCUAGGGCGGCAAUCAACCGCCAAAUCCGCGACGAUGAAGAUGAACAGCCCACAAAAAGGCUACGGUGGAAGUUUUGGCACAAACGCCCUGCCGAUCGGCCCGAUCCAGACGAACAUGUUACCGUUUCGCACGGGGAUGGUAGCUGCAUCGAAGCCAUGAACCUGAAAUGA